CGAUAUUGCCAAACGUUGAAGGAUUCAAACAAGGUUGCACAGUCAACUAAAAAUAGGAGGGCAAUACAAAAAAAGGUAACGUGAAUGGAAUCGGGAUCUGCUGUUCAUAUUCAUCCAGUGGUGCUAGCGUCCAUCGUAGAUGCGUACGAAAGACGAAUGGAGGAGUCUGAACGUGUUAUUGGAACUCUCCUAGGAACGUGGGGAAAGGGAAUUAUUGAAGUCACUCAUUGCUUUAGUGUACCUCACAAAGAAUCAGAAAUCGAGGUAUCAAUGGACUUUGAAUUCGGGAAAAGUAUGGCUGCUCUUGAACGCAAAGUUAACCGUACUCAUAGUAUUGUGGGUUGGUAUGCAACAGGAAAUGAGAUCACAGAGCACUAUAAACUUAUUCAUCAGGAGUAUUACAUGCAACAAUCGAAAAACGCAAUAUUUUUGCUAGUUGAUACUAACAUGACUUUUGGAGACAAAAUGGCACUGAAGGCCUAUUUGUGCAGACAAAUGGGUAUACCGGGUGGUGUACGCGGGUUCAUAUUUGUACCAGUUGAAGUAGAGAUUGAGUGUUACGGUGCUGAACGAUGUGCUGUUGAAAUGAUGGUCUCUUCUAUAGAUCCAAGGAGCAAGUUGCAACCUGAGCUUGGAGACGACAUGGUCUAUUUGUACCAACUUUCACAACACCUGAUUUCUAUGUUGGAUCAAGUUAUUCGAUAUGUUGAAAGUGUGAUUGAUGAAAAGUGUCCAGCUGAUCCUAAAAUUGGACGGUCUAUUGCACAGUUAAUCUUCUCAAUUCCCAAACUAGAUCCUGAUCACUUGGAACAACUUAUCAAUUCAAGUUACAAAGAUUUACUGAUGGUCACUUAUCUCACAAAUCUUAUCCGAACUCACUUGAAGAUUUUAAAUUUGGCUCAGUGAAUUUAUACAAGUGGAAAAGCAUAAUGUUGAACAUUAUUUGCUAUUGUGAAUACUUUUAUCUAAUCGACAUGUACUUAAUAAUGAUGACUUUUAUUUCUCUUAUGAAGGAAAUAUAUGUAUAUUCUUGGACUCAACUAUUCUAUUAACGGCAAUAUAAAUUGGAGUAUUUACUUCCAAGGUUUUCGUUCACAAUAAAAGUCAAAGUUAGC